AGGGGAAUAGCUGAAAACCAAGAUGAAGAAGACAGGGAUGCUUGUCCUCUGUGUGCAUUUGACCUUCAUGUUACUGGGCAGCACUGAGGGAAACAUGUCAACCGUUUGCAGCAACUGUUCAAGUACAACAAUAACAGUAAACUCAACGACCACCAGACCUACAUCAACCACGCUACUGCCCAGCAGCCCCUCCACCCAUGUGACCUCCAGCAGCUCCACCAGCAGUGCUGUAACCACAAGCUCACCUCCCACCACCACCUACUCCUCCCCCUCCUCCCCCUCCUCUCCCUCCUCCACCUCCUCCCCCUCCUCCACCACAUCCUCGUCCUCCACCCCCACCUCCACCUUAGCCGUCACCUCAACCUCCACAGCUACCACUACUACGUCAAAGCAGACCACAACGUCCUCUGGAUCAACUCAAAGCUCUACAACCAAAUCAUCCACCACGCAGGAUUCUCCAACUGUGAGUGUUGGGAGUGUUGGCACUAACACUUCAACAAAUUCAACUUCAAGUCCGACAGCAGGGUCUGCUGCUUUGUUCGGGUGCUACAGUCAACUGCUGGUGCCUGUCAUCUCCAUUCUCAUCUACAGCGCAGAGGGCUGAAAGUGUACAACCUCCACCUAAGGGACUUUUGUCCUUUAUAUUAAAUCCAUAAAUCCUCCUAUGUAUUAAGGGAAAAGUUCACAGAUUCACCUUUCCUCAAUAUAAAUGUUUUGAUUUUUGACUCUCGGAGCCUCUUAUUUAAUGGCUCAUACUAUGACUGUCACACAUUUAGCAUACUAAUGCUAUGAAGUGCUUUGUUUGCACUGAGCUCUUUUCCACUUUUACCAAGGCUUCCCCACACAGUCUCUAUAAAUGAUGUGUAACCCCAUGCUUCAAAUGUUAAAACUAUGUUUCACAAAAUACUUAAUGUAAACAGUGGCUAUGAAACUUCUCUGGAUUUUUGUGGCAAAUAAAAAGGUA